UGAUUAAUGUUGUUCUCGCCGUUACGUAUCACGAAAUUGUACAAAAUCCAAAAUUUAAUAAAAAUCAAAACUACCAUCUACUUUUUCCAAAAUAUCGUUUUUUGGACUUCUGUUUGUUUACGAGUUGGUUUAUUGUUUUUUUUUCGACGGUUUUUUUAAUGCAUUGUUGAACUCGCUUCUGCUUGAAAGAAACCAUGUGCGUCCCCCUCCUCUCCUCGUCGAAUCGAACCAAUAACUUCUCCAAAUAUUUUUCUAAUUCUGGGGCAUUUCUUUUCAAAUUGUUUUGCUAUGAAAUUCUUCAAGUGUUGUGCCAAUGAAAUUCGUUGAUGGUUGCGAUUUUUUAAGUGUAUGGGUGGAGAUUUCGAAGCGAUAUUUUUUAUCGAAAAUUAAUCAUGCCGUCUUUGCAAAAGAUUUACGGUCCGCAUCUAUAUACAGAUUGUCCCGAUCACGGGUACGCCGAUAUUCUUCAAAAACAUUCCAUAAAUUCGUUAUUGGACGAACGGAAUAUUUUUCCGGAAAAUAAAGGCGAUACGAUGUCUUCCAUAUCGGAUUUAUUUGGUUUGAAUUCGCCGAGAGGUUUGUUAAAUUUCGGUAACAAUAAUUCCGAUUUGUGCUCAUGUACGCCGACUACUUCAGCUAAUUUUUCGUUGGAUUUGGAUGAUACGAAAUUUACGUCGAGUCAAAUGAAUUAUACGGGGGUUAUAUCGACUCCGAAGUCGUAUCAAAGAAAUUUAUCUUUAGGAAGUGCUGGUACUUCCCCUUGCACGCCCCCAGCUAAUUUCCUAGCGGCUAGGAGCUUGAGGAGUACUUCGUUGAGCGAUAGUUGUGGUAGUAACAGCCCCAACGUGUUGGAGCAUUUGAAUUACUCGAGGAGUAAUUCCCCGGAAUCGGAAUUGAGCGGAAUUUCCAGUCCGGAUGCCGGUUUCAGCGAUCUAUUCAAUUCGUUGAAUAUUAGCGAUAACCUAUCGAGGAAUUUAUUUUCCAACGAUUUGGAUGUCGUUAAUCUUCAACAGCUGCAAGCCAUUCAAGCUUUGAAAUGUCUCCAACAACCAAACAGUUCGACGUUACUCAGUUCGUUGUUGCCGCCGGCCUGUUCGCACAACAACAUGCAGCAAAUAAUGGAUAAAUGGAACGGCAGUACGUCGCCUUUGCUCAAUUUUCUUCCUGAAAAUUUGCAGCUCGAUCGCGCGGCUCGUUUUCAUCGAUCUGCUGCUUCUCUGUACGACGCCACUUGUACGUGGAGCGGCGUUUUACCGCCCCGUUCGAACGUCAAACCGAUCGGUUAUUCGAGCAAAGUAUUUCUCGGCGGCGUCCCUUGGGAUAUAACCGAACAAAUGUUGAUCCAAACAUUCAAACCGUUCGGUCCAAUACGAGUCGAAUGGCCCGGCAAAGAUAAAGCCGCCUCCCAACCAAAGGGAUACGUCUACGUCAUAUUCGAGUCCGAGAAGAACGUCAAGGCUCUAUUGCAAACUUGUACCAACGACUACGCCAACGGCGGUAACUGGUACUACACCAUAAGUUCCAAAAGAAUGAAGGCUAAAGAGGUCCAAGUCAUACCGUGGAUAAUAAACGAUUCCAAUUACACCAAAUCGACUUCGCAAAAAUUGGAUCCCAGCAAAACCGUUUUCGUCGGCGCCCUGCACGGGAUGCUCAACGCCGAAGGCUUGGCCAAGAUCAUGAACGAUCUGUUCGACGGCGUCGUUUACGCCGGUAUCGAUACCGAUAAAUAUAAGUAUCCCAUCGGUUCCGGUCGCGUCACUUUCAACAAUCAAAUUUCUUAUACCAAAGCCGUCGCCGCCGCCUUCAUCGAAAUCAAAACCGCCAAGUUUACGAAAAAGGUGCAAGUCGAUCCAUACUUGGAGGAUUCGCUCUGUUCGAUCUGUCAAGUCCAACAGGGUCCGUACUUUUGCCGAGACAUGAACUGCUUCAGAUACUUUUGCCGCACCUGUUGGCAAUGGCAACACAACAACGAAUUGCGUCAUCACAAACCGUUGAUGAGGAAUUCGAAGAAUAAUCAAGUGGUCGGUCUCGGGAAUAACGGCGCCGGCGCGGUAAUGCCUUCGACGUCGUCGUCGUCGUCGUCAUCGUCAUCGGGUCUGUUCGCCGUACAAAAAGUAUAAAAGAUUCGCGAUUUAUCGUUACGCUGUAUCGAGCGUAUCAAUUAUAUUAUUACCAUUAUUAUUAAUCAUAAUAUUUCUAAUUCUUGUUAUUGUCGGUUUCGAAAAAAAAUUUUUUUAGGUUAAGUUCAUAAGGCUUCGAUUUGAAACGUUACUCCUCUUUCCCCCAACUAUUAGUUGACUGCGCGUAAAGUAUCGAAAUUUCGGCGAUUCGAUAUUAAUUUUGACGGCGCCGUGUGAAGCGGGCUCUUUAUUUUAUCCUAUUACAAACGAAUCGGGCCGUUUUUUUUUUCUAUAUUUGAAAAUCUGGAAAAAAUCGCGUCGUUCCGUACUUUACGCGCACCCUGUAUUACGAUUUAAUUUCUUCCGAUUAAUUCUGAUACGAAUGCCGGAGCGAAAUUUAUCGAUGCGACGACGAAACGUACGAGAGCGAUAGAAAAAAUUUUUUUAUACGGUGUAUGAAAAAAAGUGGAUCGAAUUUUCAAACAAAUUAAAUUUCGUAAAAAAUUUGUCGGUUCAUGUAAAUAAAAUUUCGAUAUUUUCCUUUUGUUAGAAUUGAUCGGAAGAUUUAUAUAUUUUUUUUGUUUUUGUUUUUUUUUUCUAAAAUUUAUAAUCCGAUAAUUUUGAGGGGGGGAGUAUGUGAAGAGUACGUUUCCGAAAACUUUUCACGUGAUCUGAUAAUUGUUUGGAUUUCGACUUUGCCGAAUCGAAUCGUUACUACGAAUACUACUUUUAUCGUCAUUCGGCGUAUUGUUUUUGUGAAAUCGUUAAUUAUCAUACAUUUCAUGUUUUCGUCAUUAAAUUUAUCGAAAAGAUAUAUUCGUUCAAAUCGUUCCGUCAUUAUUUCGGCGUUUUUUAUUCAUUUAAAAUUUGUACAAAGUGUUAAUUAACAUUCGGCGGCGUUCGUAAUAUAGUUUUAUUUUUGACGAAGGAGAUUUCUAGGACUUUUUACGGUUUGCCGAAUAAUUUUAGUACGAUUCGUCAAUAUUCCCCAAUUUUUUUACGUGUGACGAAUAAAUUCGUUAGCGUUUAUAGUCAAACAUUGUACUAUUUGCCGAAUAAUGAGUUUUCCGAGUAAAUUUUCGAUUUUUCCGAAUAAUUUUCUAUCUUUCAUCCAACUCUUUAUUAUAUAUUAUUAUUAUUAAACCGUCCAAGGUUAGUUUGACGGAUAAUUUUUCGAUGUUUCUGCUAGUUCACGACAAUUCAAUAUCGGUAGACACGACACUUUGCCGAAUAGUUUUCCGAACAUUCCUCAACUGUCUUCUGUUUUGCCGAAUAAUUUUUUGGAUAAUUUGCCAAAUUUCACGAACAUUCGGCGAAAUUCUUCAACGGUACAUAUUUGAAAUUUCGACGUUUGCCGAAUUAGUUCUAGAUAAUCCGACUAGUUUUCAACAAUUCGAAAUCGCUUAGACACUUUGCCGAAUAGUUCGGCAACAAUCGUACAUAUUUUCGGAAAACAUUUCGCGAUUUUACCGAACAGUUUUUUGAAAAUUCGACGAAUUAUCGUCAUUUCUCAACCGUUUCAUUCGACUUAUAUCAUUUUAUACACUACGCCGAAUAGUUUUACGAAUAUUCGGCGACAUUGUUCCACAGUGCAUAUUUGAAAUUUCGCGUUUUGCCGAAUACGUUUUCGAUAAUCCGAAGAGUUUGCAACAUUUCGAAAUCCUUUGACACUAUGCCGAAUAAUUCGGCAACAGUUGUACAUAUUUUCUGAAAACAUUUCGGGGUUUUGCCGAAUAAUUUUUUGAUAAUUCGACGAAUUAUCGUCAAUUCUAAACCGUUCCAUUCGACUUAUAUUAUUUUAUUCACCACGCCGAAUAGUAUUACGAAUAUUCGGCGAUAUUUUUCAACGGUACCUUUAUGAAAUUUCGCGGUUUGCUGAAUACUUUUUCGAUAUUUCCACUAAUUAUAGACAUUCUUAAACCCCUCAUUCAACUCUCGUCCAACAUAUAACAGUUUGCCGAAUUAUUAUAUAAACAUUCGGCGAAGUUUUAUAAAUUUUUCAUUUUCGUCCGUCUUAUAACAUAUUCGUCAAAUUUCCAUAAUAUCCGUCGAAUAUAAUUUAAAAAUAACAUCGGAAGCGUACUUUUCGUUUCACCCCCGUAACAAUAAUCAUGAAAUUUUUUUUAAAAUAUUGUAACAAGUCCAAGAUAUUUUUAUGGAUUAUAGAACUUCGUUUUUUUCUCUCUUUCUCGACUGAUUGAUCAAAAUAACAUCGGGACACUUUUCUCGUCGUCCCUAUAUAUAUAUGUGUGAAAUUUUAUUUGAAAUUUUCAAAAGAAAAUGAAAAAAAUUUAAGAGUUCCCGUAUUUUAGCAAUAACAAAACGUUUUAUAUGAAAAAAAAGUUUGGAUUUGUCGGUGUUUAACAUUAUUAUUAGUGUAGUUUUAAGUGUUGAUCAUAAUAAUAAUUAAUAUAUUUAAACUAAAAAAAAAAAUAUUUUUUAAUCGUUAAAUUUUCGCGUUUUUCGGGUUUUCUUAAUAUUUUUUUUUAUAUAAAUUUUUAAGAUAUUUGCGUUUACAGUUGACGUAAACUGUAUAAUUGAUAUUGAUAUGAGACUGCUCUAAUCGGCGAUGAUUCGGCUAUGAACAAGGUCACUACGAUUUCGGUUAUAAUUCCCCCUUACCUCCUACCCAUAUGUAUGAAUAUGAAAAAAAAUUGUUAUUGUUCAAAAAGUUUAUUAUUAAAAGUGUGAUUCAUAUCGCUAAAUCGAGUUUUCUCUUAUUAGAAAAAAAAAAUAAUAAUUUUCUCGGUGGUGGUUGACUUUUUAAAAGCACGCUGUAUGUUUAUUGUUUUAGUUUAGAAUGUUACGUUUUUAUUUUUCAUGUUUUUAUUGUCGUUCGUGAACGAUUCAUUCAAUUUUUAGUGAGAAACAGUUUGAUUUCAUUUUUUUUUUAAUUUGGUGUUGGUGUUUUUUUUUUGAAUGUUUGAUGGAGUAUAACAAAAUUCGAACCGCCAAAAAUUGAAACUGGAGGGUUUUUUUCGGACUUUUUUUAACCUUCUCGCUCAAUCGAACCAUCAUUUCGAUUUAUUUCUGUAUGUUUUUAAUUCUCUUUCUGAACUUUGUCUUGUUCUUGUUCCAUUGGAACAUCUUUCCGACUUAUUUUUGUAUGUUCCCUCUUUGCCAGUUGUUCUAGUUUUCUUAAUUCUUUUUCUGAUCUUUUGAUACGUUCUAGUUCGACUAGAACAUAAUUUGAACUUAUUUUUUUAUGUUCUCUCCUUCCCAGUUCUUGUUUUGGACUUUUUUUAUGUUCUAGUUCUACUGGAAUAUUUUUUGGACCUAUUUUUGUGGUUUCUAGUUUUCUCAAUUCAUUUUCUAGACCCUUGAUACGUUCUAGUUCGCCUAGAAAUAUUUGGGACUUAUUUUUUUAUGUUCUCUCUUUCCCAGUUCUUGUUUUGGACUUUUUUUAUGUUCUAGUUCUACUGGAACAUAUUUAGGACUUAUUUUUUCAUGUUCUCUCUUUCCCAGUUGUUGUAUUGGACUUUUUUUAUGUUCUAGAUCCACUGGAACAUUUUUUGGACUUAUUUUUGCGGUUUCUAAUUUUGUCAAUUCUUUUUCUGGACUUAUGAUACGUUCUAGUUCAACCCUAACAUCUUUUGGACUUGGUACUAUUUGUUUUGGUCGAUAUUUUGACUUCUGUUCCUUAUUCUUUGGAUCUCUUAUGACAUUCAGCUUCCCUGCUUUCUGUCCUUGUUCUUUUUUCUGUUUUUCUUUCUAUACUCAUUUUGUUUUCAUUUGAUUUUGAAAAAAAAUUCUACUCCAUCAAACACGUCAAUGAGUCGUUUGCAAAAAUCAUUCAUCGUCAUUUCUAUGCCGAUAUUUCGAAUUCUUUUUUGGAAAUAAAUAAAAUUUCGAUAUUUCGACAUCACCCCGUAUAACGGCGUCGUUGAUGAAAUUUAUUUUGCAAACAUCUCGGCAAUUUAAUGAUAAAUGUUCGAAUAGUGUUUUAUUUUGUUUUAGUCAGUUUUUAUUACUAAAAAAAAUGGGAAUGGACACAAUAAAAUUUCAUUUCUAAAUAUCCCUCGUAUAUGUAUUCGAUUUUAUCUUCACUUUUCAAAUUCUUUCGAUCGUAUUCUUCGACGAUUAUAAUCGAUCGUUAUCGAUUCUUUUUGUUGUUGCUUCGUCUUAUAUAUUGUGUACAUUCUCAUCGGAUAAUUUUUAAAAAAAUUUUAUGCCAUAUUUCAAGAUGCUUUUUUUAAAAAAUGAUACAAAAAAACGGUAGCUAGUUCCGAAUAAAAUGCUCGUUGUACCUUUAAAUAUGACAUAACGGUGACAUAUGAUAGCUUAAUAGGGUCGAAACGUUUCCCGACUUUAGUACUGAUACUUUUAAAAUAUCAAUAAAGGCUUUAAAGUU